AUGUCUUUUAAUUACGAUUAUGGCAAAGGGAGUGCAUCUGCUGCCUCUGUAUCAGCAGCACAAAAUCAAAAUAACCAGAUCGUAGCUCCAUCUGCAAAUGCAUCAUCACCUACCUUCCAGACAACAAAUACAACUGUACAGAAUGUUAAUAACAAUCAAAUUCCUUCCUCACAGUCUCCAUUGCAAGGGGAAAAUAAGACAGCACUUUGGAUGGGUGAGCUUGAGCCUUGGGUAGACGAGGCAUUUAUUCGUCAAGUAUGGUUUAAUCUUGGAGAGCAAGUUAAUGUAAAAAUGAUCCGUGAUAAGUUUUCUGGUUCGAAUGCUGGUUAUUGUUUUGUUGAUUUUUCAAGCACUGCAGCUGCUUCAAAAGCUCUUUCUUUAAAUGGAACUAUUAUUCCGGGAACAACCCGGUUAUUUAAGCUUAAUUGGGCAUCAGGUGGUGGCCUUACAGAUAGGAAAGAUGAUCGAGAGCCUGAGUUUUCAAUUUUUGUUGGUGAUUUAGGUCCUGAAGUUAAUGAAUAUUUGCUUGUUUCUCUUUUUCAAAGUCGUUAUCCUUCGUGUAAAUCGGCAAAAAUUAUGACAGAUCUUGUGUCCGGAAUGUCAAGAGGUUAUGGUUUUGUUCGAUUUUCAGAUGAAGUGGAUCAACGGCGAGCUCUUACUGAAAUGCAGGGUGUAUAUUGUGGGAGCCGUCCUAUACGGAUUUCUACAGCAACACCUAAAAAUAAGCCAGGAAUGAGUCAUAUUAAUAUGAUGCAUAUGGGUAUGUCUCCUUUAGGGUAUUAUGGAGCACCCCAACCUAUGAAUCAGUUUACUGAUCCUAAUAAUACUACUGUUUUUGUUGGCGGUCUUUCAAGUUUUGUUACAGAAGAUGAAUUACGAAGUUUUUUUCAAGGUUUUGGUGAAAUUACGUAUGUAAAAAUCCCUCCUGGUAAAGGUUGCGGUUUUGUGCAAUUUGUUCAACGGCAUGCAGCAGAAAUGGCUAUUAGUCAAAUGCAAGGAUAUCCAAUUGGAAAUUCUAGAGUUCGGCUUUCAUGGGGAAGAAGUCAAAAUAAUUCUGGCCCUAUAGGUACUCCGUACAGGCCUGCACCACCUCCACCCGUCCCUUAUGCAUCUAUGGGACUUCCACCUCAACAUGCUUAUUCUAGUUUUGCACCUCUUAAUCCUAACGCUGCACAUAUGCAUCCACCACAACAAUCAGGUCAGCCUUUACCCGCACAACCGGGGCAGUUGUCUGGAUCACGAAAUCCCAUGGAUCCUAUCCCAGUAGCUUUAUUAAAUGAAUUAUAUUCAGCAACACGAAAUGCACGACUCGAUAGACUGGAAGCUGACCGAAGUAGCUUCCAUGGCGUCUAUGCUCAGUAG